CCUUCCCGGUCUUUUAGUUAUUAUUAUUCUUUUUUUCUCUGACCCUUCUUUUCCUUGGAGUAUCAACUUGUCAAAGUUGCACAGUUCCGCGUUUCUAAUAAAUUUUGGAUGAGCCCAGUCAAAAAUUGAAGAGUAAAAUUUGAUACUUCCCCAAAAACGAUAUCUUUCCUUCCUGGCUGUCCAGCUGUGAUCUCGUUUGCUCUUUUCUCCACAUUACACACCUAGACCUAGAGUUCAUCCAAUCUGCUGUUUGGUUGCUGAGAAAGGAGGACAAGAGAAAGCUAAGAUUUUGGAUCUUCCCUGUUUGUUGAUUUGCUUCUGUGGAUUGCAGUUCAGCUGAACAAAGUCAUUUGAUCCUCAGCUGAGAGGUACAAGAUUGAACACAAGAGAGAUAGAGUAUUUUCUCCGCAACUGAGCUUAGCUGCAGUAAGCUUUGUCCUUUCAAGGAUUUGAUGAAAGGAAAAUCAAGAUGCAGACUUUUCGUUUCAUUCCUUUUCCUAUGUUUUCUCCGCAACCAAACAGAAGAUAAGUGAAGGGAGAAAAAUGACAUCUCAUUUAACCCUACAUUAUUCUGAAAUUUUUGUGGGUCCUAGCUCGAGUUAGGAUCAACCUCUCAUACGGGUAUACUGUUUAGAAGAAGGGAUCAUUUUUGGAUUAUUCUAAUGAGUUAGUUCAUUUAACUAUAAUAGUUUGGCAUGUUCUACAGGGGUGAGUUUGCUAUCCAUUUACUUGAUAUAGUAUGAACGGAAGCUACAGCAAUGCAAGUGCGAGUUCAAGCUCGAGUUUAAAUAGCAGCUCCCAUGACGCAGAGGAUGACCAAGCAAUUGCAACUAUGUUGGCAGAAGACGAAAAGCUCAAAAUUGAUCACAGGUUGGGGAAAAGGCUCUCCCACUUAGAUUCCAUUCCGCACACUCCUCGUGUUAAUGGGGAGAUAAUACCUGACGUGAAUGAUGCUACCCAAGACCAUGAGCGGCUGUUAGAAAGGUUGGCUACAUAUGAUUUAUCUGAACUGCAAAUUGAGGGUGAUGGAAAUUGCCAGUUUCGAGCAUUAGCAGAUCAGUUGUUUCGUAAUCCAGAUUACCACAAGCAUGUACGAAAACAGGUGGUAAAGCAGCUAAAGCAUCACAGAAAACUCUAUGAAGCUUAUGUCCCUAUGAAGUACAGACACUACCUGAAGAAGAUGAAGAAAGCCGGGGAGUGGGGAGAUCAUCUUACCCUUCAGGCAGCUGCAGAUCGAUUUGGAGCCAAAAUUUGUGUAAUCACCUCUUUUCGAGACGCUUGCUAUAUUGAGAUCCUUCCUAAAGACAGGAAUCCUACCCGAGGCAAGUUGGGCUUUUCAACACGUUCGAUGAGGUUUGGCUGAGCUUUUGGAGUGAAGUGCAUUAUAACUCAUUGUAUGCAAGUGCAGAUGUUCCGACAAGAAAUCCCAGAAAGAAGCAUUGGCUGUUCUAGAUCUAGGGUUAUUUCAAAUGGUCAUCAGUUUCGGAUAUAUACAAGUUAUAUAUUAGUAAGUAUACUAUGGUCAUGGGCAUUGUAACUUGGUGUAAAUUAACACGAAUUCCAAAUAUUUCUUUCAAAGUUUGUCUCUGUAUGCCCAAAAUUAGAAUUUAGAUAUCUGUAUAUAAAAGUUACAAAGGAUCCCCUAGCUUUUCAACGACAUUGUUACCACAGGAUUCUUGUAUAAAGAGCAUGAGCCAUGCAGAAAUUGGGUUCCUAUUUCAUUUGCAAGGUAUUGUUUC